AUGACGUGGAUAUCCAACACCAUCACCGUCUUUGGCGGCCUUCUUCUCGCCCAUGCGUGUUAUUCGGCCCAAGAGCACGCAGCACUGCAAUCCUUCAGGGCGGCGGCCACGAGCACACUCACCUCGUCUACUCCGGUCGCAUCGUCGCUUCCCGUGGAUAUUGCCAUCGAGACCAUUGUCGCAACCCUAGUUAUUGUGCUUGGUCUGGUCCUGGGAACGCGCCCGCUGCGGCCGAUUCAAUGGCGCGUCUGGGCCGGCAAGAUUGAGCGGGAAGGGGAGGAGGGCUUCUUGGGCAACAACGGAGAGGUGGAAAAGGACUACAUGGGCAACCCCUUCACCUAUCUGGAAUCUCGGCCCAGCUUUGUCGACAUCCGCAGGCAGCGAAAAGAGUUUGCUGAAUGGAUCAAGAACGGUGGCGGCGAUGCCGGAAAGAAGUGA